AUACCGGCGGCCAUGCUGCGCAAGCUGACAAUCUUCUGCGGAAUCGCCCUCGCAUCCGCCUUCUCUCCUGCUCCCCUGGCUCCUGGCCUCCGCUCGGCAAGAUAUCAGCGCGCAGUCACCCGCCAUGCUGUCAGCCCUAAGAUGGUGUGGGGAGACAAGGACUACUUGAUCGCUCCCUCCAUCCUGUCUGCCGACUUUGCCAAGCUCGGCCAGGAGGUCGACAACGUCCUGGCUGCAGGAGCAGACGUUGUGCAUUUCGACGUCAUGGACAACCACUACGUUCCCAACCUGACCAUUGGUCCCAUGGUCUGCAAGGCUCUUCGUAACCAUGGUGUGACUGCACCCAUCGACGUCCACUUGAUGGUUCAGCCCGUGGAUCGCAUCAUCGGCGACUUUAUCGAUGCUGGUGCCUCCUACAUCACCUUCCACCCGGAGGCCUCAAACCACAUCGAUCGCACUCUCGCCAUGAUCCGUGACGGAGGAUGCAAGGCUGGCUUGGUUCUCAACCCAGCUACCUCCCUCGACUACUGCAAGUAUGUCAUGGACAAGAUCGACAUCAUUCUCCUCAUGUCUGUCAACCCUGGAUUUGGAGGACAGAAGUUCAUCCCCUCGGUGCUGGAGAAGGCCAAGGAGGCUCGCAAGUUGAUCGAUGCUUCUGGAUAUGACAUCCGCCUUGAGAUCGAUGGUGGCGUUACCGUCGACAACAUCAAGCAAGUUGCUGAGUGCGGUGUCGACAUGUUUGUUGCUGGAAGCGCUAUCCUCAAGGAGCCUCGCACUCAGGAUGCAUACAAGACUACCAUCGACAAGAUGCGCCAGCAGCUUGCGUCCGCCAAGGUUGCCAAGUAAAUAGGACAGGAGAGAAGGAUGUUAAAGUUAUUGUUAGAGCAUUCAGUGAAAUGCGGCCCCUGACUCUCGA